AUGGAACCGGUAGAAAAGAGGGUGUGCUUUUUCUUACUUGAGACAGAAAAAAACAUGGAUGAGCCAGCCCAAAGGAGGCCUCUUGAGCCUGUCCCGCCAAGAAGGCACAUGUGUGAGAGAGAUAAGGUGUUGGCGGAGAGCUGCUGCAUCUGCCUGCAACGCGAGUCUUCGGCGAACGCACUUGCCGCCACUGCGGGAGUCGCUGCAGCCAUAGUGGUGUGCAGCACCUGCGGGGCAUGCGCACACGACACCUGCCUUGGUCCUGCAUACUGCACUCCUUUGCAGCCAGCAGCAGAAUCUGGAAGCACAGAGGCAGCGAUCUCUCCGCGAGAGCGGCGACGCGCCGGUAGAGGGGUCACAGCCGCUUCGGCAGCAGCGGUCACCCCUGCCGUGCAGGGGGCCCUCUUAAGGGAUUUCCAGUGCGAUGCAUGCAAAGUGGUGGCUGCCGCUAAGCCUCAAAACAACACCAGUAACAGCGACGGCGACGCCAAGGGGGGCGACGGUGUUGCUCUCGCUGCCUCCGCGUUGAGGGCAGCGCAGCGCUGUGCCUUAUGCGGCAGCAGCGCAGGUUUGCUGGAGUUCGCACAGGCAGACAGCAGCGCCCUCCUAGCUCAUCGAGGCUGCCUGCUGUACUCAGGCAUACAUACUCCAGCUGCUUCUCUGACGCCUGCCUGUAGCCUUCGGAAGCAAAUGAGGUUGCAGCAGGCGCUGUUGCUCGCCGACUGCAGGAGUUUCUUGUGCUGCAUUUGCGGGAGGGGGUCCUCGAGCAAAGGGGCACCAGGUGGCUAUGCUGCAGCAUGCAGCUUUCCUGGCUGCAAGUUGCGUCUCCAUGCGACUUGUGCGUUCUCCUUGGGUGGCAGUACACAGCAGCGGCUGCUGGUGCCUGUGCAGCAGAAGCUGAAGCAGGAGGACUGUGAGCACGUGGUGCAAACAGCCGCGCCAGACACACCCUGUCCAGCGUCCUCCUACGACUGCUGCAGCAGCAACAGCAGCGAAACAGAAUCGCUCAACAGUGCGACGUCGGGAGGAGGCACUGCCCUCUAUAUCGCGGACGGCGAUUUCGCACUGCAGCCGCAAGCGCACAAGUUGCAGCCAUCGCAGCAAGCCGUGUAUAUCUGGCGUGGGCUGCUCUGUCCGCAGCACGCUCAUGCAGGAGCUGCCGCUGCUGCUCGCGAUGCAGCUGUGCAGCGUCUCUGCGGAGCUGCCCAAAGGCGGCUCGCUGCGGCUGUAGCUGCUGCGCUUGCCGAGGAGGAGCAGCCUGUGGCAUCCGUGGGAGCAGCCGCAGCUGCUGCUGCCCUUCCCAAAGCAGGAGCUGCGACGGCUGCCGCUACACCACAGGCUUUCGAUGGCAUGCCUGCAGCAGGAGCUGCGGCGUGCACAUCGCCUUGCGAAUCUGCUGCCUCGUGGGCAGCUGCUGCUUCUCCUGACUCCAGCCAUGUUAGCAGCUCUGCUGCUGCCGCAGCCCCCUCUUGCGCCGCUGCAGCCGCUGCUGCAGUCGCAGACGCGGGAGUCUGUGCUGCAGGGCAGCUCAAGGCUGCGGAUGGCAGUUGUGGAGACGUGAAGGCCAGUGUUCAAGGAGCAUCUGCUGCAGGUUCCUCCUCCCCAGCCUCCUCAGCAGCAGCAGACGCAGGCGAAGCCGCCAACACCAAUGUGCAUGCAGCGGCAGUCAGAGGCCUCUCCUUGCAAUGGUCCCGCUUCGAUUCGCGUUUCAAGCGACUGUCUAUUGGGGUGUAUGCGCAGCAGCUGCAGCAGCAGCUGAUGCAGUGCCUUCCUUCCGCCGACGCCACAAAAGCAGCGGCAGAGGCGCAGCUGCUGCAGCGCAUCCUCUUCGACCCCAUGGACUGCCGACCCACCUUUGCCGCAGUCGCCGCUGCUUGUCUUUCGACAAGUAGCGACGCAGCAGGAGCAGCAGGAGCAGCAGGAGCAGCAGGAGCAGCAGCAGCAGCAGCGCCUUCGACGCUUUGCUUCUUCUCGAGCAGCCUGGGGGUGUCAUCCGUUGCAGCAGCAGCAGCACCAACGGCAGCAGGCGGAGGCAAGGCGCAGAAGUAUCGCGUGCUAAAUGGGGAGAGCAGCAGCAGCAGCAGCUGCAACAAGACCCCUGCGAUUCCUCCCACACAGCAGCAACUCGCUACUGCUGCAGGAAGCUCCCCCCUAGGCAUUCUGCUCCGACUUCACCCUGGACUCCCCCCCCCAGGAGAGUGCCGUGUGCUGCAGCGCAUUGCAGCUGCAUACUGCAACGCGAGUGCGGGCAGCUCUCCCUGUGAAACAAGAUUAAAAUUGCCACCGCAGCUGCAGCACUUGCUGCAGACGAUUGACGAUUUCCUGACCUCUCGUGUUGCGGCACUGCCUUCUGCAGCCUCUCCUCCUGCUUUGAUGGAAGAGGCCUCCGAGGCAGCAGCAGCAGCUGCAGCAGGUGCAGCAGCAGCAGGUGCAGCAGGUGCAGCAGCAGCAGGUGCAGCAGCAGCAGCUGCACCGAAAACUGUCACACCGGAAGCCGAGGGCGCUCUGCCUGCCGUCGCAGUGCAGCGGGCAGCGAAGGCUAAAAAACGGAAGCUCCCAAAUGUUCCCCCGACGCAGAGCAGCAGCAGCAGCAGCAGCAGCAGCAGCAGCAGCAGCAGCAAUUUGAGCCCUGCAGCGGCUGCAGAUGGUGCAGCACCUCGAAACAGCAAACGUCGCCGUCAGACUCCGAGCGGCGAGCUCGAUGAGCAGCAGCAGCAGCAGCAGCAAACUGCGCAGGGGGCGGGUGCAGCGGCGUUUUCUGGAGGAGGCGAUCCAGGGAGCUUUGCUACUGGACGGGCAGGAGAGGGAAGCGAGGCUGCAGCAGGAGAGAGAGCAGUUGUGCUGCUGGACUGGGGGUUCUCGCAGGCUUGCGCGACGGUGCGCUGCCGAAGAGGGAACUCGGAGGCAGGCUUGCUCGAAAGGGCUGCAAGACUGGCAGAAGAGAGAGAAAUGAUAGAUGCAUAUGCCGCGAGCGCAGCAGUAAGCAAAGAAUCUGCUUCCAUGCAGGCGGUAGUGCGGGUUUACGAUGCGCUAUUGCGGCAGGACGAGAAGAGGCUCCAACAGCAACAGCAGCAGCAGCAAAAACAGCAGCAGCAGCAAACUGCGGGUGCAGCAGCAGACGUGCCCAUGAUGGGCACUGCCACAGCAUCGUCAUCUGCCGCGGCGUACGAGGAGCCGAUCGACAUCGAAGUGGAGUCCAUUGAAGCUAUCAGCAAGUACGUUGCCGCCUUCCUAAGGCGGAGGGCGGCAACAUACUCCCACGAGGGAGGCAGCAGCGCGAGCAGCCGUGGGCUGUCCGUAGACUUCAUGAGCAUGAAGACUGUAGGGGAUCUCGUGAAGGAGACGCAGGUUGAGGGGGAUGGUGCUCAGCAGCAGCGCAAGCAGAAGCAGGAAAUGCAGGAGGUCUGCGCCUCGCUGAGCGCAGCGUCGCCUUCCCCCGCUGCGGAUCCCGCCGCUGGAGCCGCAGCAGCAGCACGGGGGGCUGGGGGUGCAGCCGCUGUAUCUACACCCGAAGCUGCUCUUGGCAACUCUCGCGGAGUCGGAGGGAGCAGCAGCAAAGGAGCCUUAGCACUGACAGUUGCAGGGGUGUUGAGUCCUCCUGCUGCUGCUGGGAGCGCCACUGCUCCCGCGAGCAGCAGGGGAACAGUGCAGCUAGCUGGCUUGUUGUUGCUGCCUGCCGAGACUGCGUCUGCUGCUGCUGCGGCGGCGGUAGAGCAGGGGAUCGUUGGGGGAGGCUUAGCGCCUGCGGACGUCGAAGCGCUGCUGCCGCACGGUGAUAGCAUGGACUUGGUGGCGGCGAAUCACGCCGCAACCGCAUGCGGCGCCCUGGUGCUGCAGGAGCAGCUGACUGAGCACCGCGCAUUGCUGCUGGAUAGAUUGGAGCAGCAGUGCCUCCUCACUCCCUUCAGACUCGUGGAAAGGCCGGCGGAAGAAGCCAAACUGCUGCUCCGUUAUUUUGCCAGCGCGCGUUGGGGUCACCUUGUGGAGUGUCUGAUCCGAGGGCACCGAGAUCUGUGUUGUUUUUCGUGCAGCGGCGACUGCACGCCGAGCAAGCCGUGUAGCAGCAGCAGCAGCAACGGCAGCGGCGGCGGAGGCACUGGCAGCAGCGCGGCGGCGGCAUCCGCCUCCACACACGCGAGUAGGCCUCCUGGCAACACCAAGCGCGUUGGUCAGCGUCCCUCUGCUGCAGGGGCGGCGGCUGCGACAGGAGGGGGAGGAGCAGCAGCGGCAGCAGCAGCAGCGGCAGCGGCUGAGGGGACUGGACGCAGCACCAACCGCAGCAGCCAGACGCAGCAGCAGAUCAGCAGCGAGGGGGCUCAGGGAGGGAGUGUUGGACCCUCGAGCGACAUUGACGGUCUUGGCGAGAGCGGCGCUUGUUGCUGCGUUUGCUGGGGAUCCAGCUGCAGCCCUCUGAAUCGCAUGUUGCGGUGCAAUUGCUGCCAGGUGGUUGUACAUCGCCACUGCUAUUGUUCGAUCCCGUUCAGUGCGGCGCAUCCUAGAGGCGCAGCUCCCGCCGCGGCAGCAGCCCCGAGCGCUGAGGGUUGGCUCUGCAUGCGCUGCGACUGGGAAAAACGCCUCGUUGGUCUUCAGCAGCAGCGCAGCAGCUUCAGCCUCUCGACGGCUGUCUGCUGCGUCUGUGGGCGCAAAGGAGGGGCGUUCAAAAGGGCCAUCUCGCUGCGUCGCGCUCGAUGUCUGCAGCUUCACCCGCCGCAUCAGCAGGGGGCUCCCGGAGGCGUGUGGGACGCUGAAGCCGCCGCAAAGAGCGACAGCGUGGAAAUGCUGCACCUCCAGUGCGCGCUGUGGCUGCUACCUGCCGCCAAGUGCUUCGACGUUCUGCGGCUAGAGCCGUGGUGUCUCUCCGAAAUUCCGACUGCUGCCGAAGCCCUGCAGCAGCGGAAGGCUUCUUUGAGCCGGCAAGAAGGUGUUAUGGAGCGCCACGAAGGGGACGAUUGCGGAAAGGAGGGCGUCUCUCCCGUGCGGUGGCUGAGAGAGGGCCUUGUCUGCUGGUCGGAAGCCCCCACUGCGCUCUGCUGUAUUUGUCUGGUGGAUGUGGGGGUCGUCCGGGGAUGUGCAUGCGAUGGCUGCCUCACAUUCUUUCAUCCCUAUUGUGCAUGGCUGAACGGCUUCUUCGUGAGAGUGCGCAACAGCGCAAGGCCUUUCUCCUCUUGCGAGCAGCAGCAGCAGCAGCUGCACCCCCCGCACCAACAGAAGCAGGGGGGGGGAGGGGGCUCUGUCGUGGAUGCCGAUGAGGAGCAGAGCACUGCGGCGGGGGAGAUUGAAGGCUUCGACUCUAAAGGCCUUAGCGGCACCUCCCACAACAAUGCCGCCAACAGUAUGAAGCGCAUCGGACUCACAGCCGAUGCCUUGCUGCAGCAGGUUGCCAUCGAAAUCUUCUGCCCGCAGCACACGCCUGCAUAUGCAGCUCACAGACAGCAAGCGCAGCAGCAGAGAAUCCGUGAGGAGCGAGCGGCGCUCUCGGGGGGCCUCACUCUCUGCAAGCCACCGUAUGGAGCAACUCCCAGCGAGCAGCCAGCUGCUGCUGCUGCAGUAGCGGAGGCGGGCAGCAGCAGCAGUGCCAAGCGGAGCGGCAGCAGCAGCAGCAGCAGCAGCAGCAGUAAGAACAAGUCUGGAAACAGCAGCCAUCCCGAGCAGCGCCGCGCGGAGGCUGAGUCAGCAGCAGCAACGGCCUCCGGUAUGACGCCAGCAGCAACAGCGUCGCAGGCUGCAGUGACUGAUCACAAGAGCGCCUCUGCAGCUCUAGAUACGCCACAUGCCGAGGUGGCCAUCGAGGAAGAUCUUUAUGGCGAUGACAUCUGCGCUGUUUGCACGCGCGACGCUAAUGAGAGCGCAAGCCUCGAGUGUUGCGUCGGAUGCGGUAUCUGCGUACAUCUCGACUGCUACGGAGGCUUCUCCUUGGGCGAGUCGGGUACAGGAGGCGACGACGCCCCCCGUCGUCGCUUCCUGUGUGACCCCUGCCUUUGGGGUGUCAAUCCGAAACGGGUAACCUGUCUGCUGUGUCCUCGUCGGGGGGGCGCCUUCAAGGCUGCCCAGCCGUUUGCUGCGAGUGCAGCCUUCUGGCGUACAGCGCAGGACUUUCGAGUGUAUCUACAGCAGCAGCAGCAGCAGCAGCAGCAGGGCUUGUGUAUGAUGCCUGGUGCGGGAGCGGGGUGGCGUUCGGGAGGAGCCUUUUCUCCAUCUUUCGUGCAUGCCUUUUGCGCCCUGGUUUCGCCUUCUCCACCCGUAAAGAUUGCGCAUACACCCGAGCUUUCUCCGGUGUGGGGUUGCGACUUGCUGGCUGCUGCACUGGGGGUCGUGGAUGCAUGCGAUGCAGCCGUAGCAGCAGCAGCAGCUUCUGGUGCCGGAGCCGGUGCUGCGCUGGCCCUUCGUGGCAGCCGCAGCACCAGAAAUUUCUGCUGUAUCUGCAACAGGCGAGGCGGGCUGCUCUUCCGCUGCUGCUGCCGUCUGACGACAGCCACAGCCCCCUCCACGGCAGCAGCGGAGGCGGCUGCCUGGGUGCAGCAGCUAGCGCUCCUCACGCACUCCGCUGCAGAGGGGGGGCAGCUAGCUGCGGAGGGGCCUGCCGUUGCACGAGCCCUUGAAGCCGCCCAAAGAGACAGCGCCUACUGCAAAAAGCGCAUGCACCCCCUCUGUGCACUGCUUUGCGGAGCACGCGUUUGUUUUAGCAGCUGCGGAGAAGCCACUAUAGGAGACCCCGCCGAGCCAUUGUUCUUCUGCCCGGAGCACUCCAAUAUGCUGGGGGAAGUCACCGCUCAAGAGCACCAGAUUCUCCAUAUCUACCGCCAGAUGCAGCAGCGGCUGUUACUGAUUCAAGAGCGACAAAUGAUCGAGCACUCCAAGUUGCAGCUGCUGCAGCAGGCUCGGCGCCUGAGCGCGCAACUGGAGAAGGUGCCCCUCGAAUCAGGAGAGGGGCAGCAGCAGCAGGUGCAGCUCAUGCAGCAGCUUCUGCGACGCUUUUCUGGCCAGGAAACGCCACAGAAUCUGCAUCAAAUGAUAGCGCCUCUGCAGCAGCAGCGGUUGCUUUUGGCCAGUGGAGCCGACCAGCAGCAGCAGCAGCUGGUGCUCCAGCGCAUGCUGUCGAUGUCAGGAGUGCAACAGCAGUCACACUUGCUGCAGCAGCAGCAGCAGUUGCUGCUGCUGCAACAACAGCAGCAACAGCAACAGCAGCAGCAGCAACAGAUGAUGUUCAUGAUGGCACAAGGCUUGGACCAGCACCUACAGCAGCAGCAGCAGCUGCUUAUGCACUGUCCAACGAAGCCCCCAAUAGCGGUACCAUCACAGCUGCAACAACAACAGAAGACGCCUCGCCCAAAGGCUAGAAAGGAGUCUAGGCGAGCUCCCCGCAAAGCGGCAAAGGAAACAGGGCAGCAGCAGCAGCAAAAUCAGCUACUACCGCUGCACCACGGAACGCAGGAGCCGGAGGCACUCCAGUCUGUGGAUACACUGCAAGGAUCGGAGACGCCCCAAGAUCAGCAGCAGCAACUACAACCCAAUCCUGCUACACAGGAUGGACUUCCUCUCUUGCUCCAGGAUACUCCUGGAAUGCUCUAUGCUGUGAUUGGAAAAGCGGCGGCUGCUGCUAUCCCCACGUCUCGCGCUUGUAAAGAAGGCCAGAAUACGGCUAGUUUUGGAUACUGA